AGCCUCAUACAUUGUAGCGUAUCUUCUCUGCAAACAGUAAUUUCCAUAUUUCGGAAUUUCUUCUCGUCUUCUGAAUGCACGCUCUUGUCGUUUCUGCAAAUUCAUGCUCUAGAUAGGUGCCUUAGGAAAAGGCAGCAAAAUGAAGCUUCGAUGUUUAAUUUUUCCUGAUCUGGGACCUUGAGUUAAAAAAAGAAAGAAUCUUUGGUAUCUGAGAGCAAAUUUACUUCUUCCUCAUAAAUUUUUCUAGACCUGGAAACUGAGCUGUGGGUUGUAUUCUAUGGCUAAUUCAAAGGCUUCAUCAGGCAUGAGAAAUUUUAUGUAUUCCGGAAAGCAUGCUCUCCUUCCUCCUAAAAGUCCAUUUCCUAGUAUUUCUGGAGCAUAUGCUGAUUAUGUCCCAAAUACUGCAAUUGGUUCCAAGGUUGUUCAGAAACCUAGAGUGGGAAACGCACACCACCAACGGACUUCAUCUGAGAGCCUUGUCAUAGAGGAACAACCUUCUUGGCUUGAUGAUCUUCUUAAUGAGCCAGAUACACCUAUUCGUAAGGGCGGUCAUCGGCGUUCAUCAAGUGAUUCUUUUGCUUACUUAGAUACAGUUAAUGUUUCUUCUAACAUUAGCUAUACAGAUCAGGAUGAGUGCAAUUUUAAGAAUUUAAAAUCUAUUCCAUCUUGGGCAUCUCAGGACUUUGAUUAUGGAAAAGAUGCUCAUCAUUUACCAAUGUAUGGAGAGAUCAAAUCAACCAAAAAGAAAAAUAGAGCAUGGGACUCUUCUUUAAAUGCUGUCUCGCAUCAAAUUGGUGUUCCCUCUGGCAGAGAUAAUGGUGCAUUUCAGAGUUCAGGAUCACCUAGCACACCAUGUGAAGCAGAUGGUGUUCUGUCAAAUGCUAAUGAAAAACUGGAUUCAGCAGAAUCUAGCUCACAUGAUACAAAAGUAUCUUCUGAAAAAAAGGAUGGUUCGCAUGUGAAGGCACAAGCUUCUGAGACAGAUACUAAACGAGCUAAACAGCAAUUUGCUCAACGUUCACGGGUCCGUAAACUACAAUACAUAGCUGAGCUGGAAAGAAACGUACAAGCUUUACAGGCAGAAGGGUCUGAAGUAUCAGCUGAGGUUGAAUUUCUUAAUCAACAGCAUCUUAUCCUGAGCAUGGAAAACAAAGCCCUUAAGCAGCGUCUAGAAAGCUUAGCACAGGAGCAUCUCAUCAAACGCCUGGAGCAGGAAGUACUAGAAAGAGAGAUUGCAAGGUUACGUGCAUUGUAUCAGCAGCCACAGCAGCAACCGCAACAACCACCAUCUGGUAGCCUCCGACGCACCAAGAGCAAAGACCUCGAUUCCCAAUUCUCAAACCUUUCCUUAAAACAUAAAGAAGGCAGUUCAGGGCGUGACCCAAUGACUGGUCCCGUUCGUACUUAAAUCUGCGCUCUAUUUGUGUCAGUGUUUUGCCUCUACAUUCAACAGAUGUUGCUGCGGCCAUGCGACGGUCAAAUCUUCCCGUUGUGCGGGAUUGUGCAGAGAUUUCCAGUGUAGGCAUCUUCUCUCUGCCCGCUUUGCAUAUUUCAGGCUUUUCCUGGUCUUCCGCGUUAGCUUGUUUAAAUUAAUCUUAAUGGGCACCUGGUAGUCACAGCUGAAAUCUUACGAUAUUUUGAUCUGGGUUUUCUGAUCAGAGAUGACUUGCCGGAGGUGGUAAUUCAACAUCCCCAGUGUAUGUUAUUCAUGAAGUGUAUUCUCCAUUUCUGUUGUGAUUUUCAUUUUUUAAUGGUUGUAUUGUAGAAACUCACUCAGCCUAAUAUAAGCAGCGAAGAUCUUUAGGGCUGUAUGGAUGUGCAUUAUUUGUAUGGAUUAAUAUUAAGCUAGUGUUGUUAAAAUGAUUUGAGGAGGUUCAUGUUU